GAAACACUUUGCGUUGCAUCUGAGCAUGAACCUGUUCAAGGCGAUCACGUGACCUGCUGCGCGUGUAAAGAUAACCGAGUGGUGGGAAAAGUCUCUUCGCCUGGGAUUGCUGAAUGGGACGCGAUUAGUGAUGGUGAUGGCUGACGGGAGUUGGCCGUGAUCUUAUCCGUCUGUGACAAGAAUCGUUCGAUAAGCGUGAUGUGUUUGAUUAUUUCCCGGUGGAGCCGGAUACGGUGACCAAUGCGGCGGGACGCCGAUUUGACCCGGGAUCGAUCGGUAUCGAUCAGCAUCGACGAGGAUGAGCGAAAGAAAGUUUACGCGCGGUCUGGGGAAACCCGGUAUGGCGGCGCAGCUACGGGAGACCGUGUCGCAGGUCGUCCGCGAGAGUACCGUGCAGAAUAAACCACACUUAGUUGAACCCAUUGACUUUGAAAAUUUCGUCCUAAAGAAUAAGACGCUUAUGCAAAACGAUCCCCAGCGAGAACUAUUGUUGUACCCUCAGGAUGACGUUUCUCAAGUGGUUUUGCCAAGAAGAUAUCGUACUUUGGUGCCAACAAUACAAUGUAUUACAAACUGUGAGGAAGAAGCGGAGAAUCUUUUAACAAAAGAAUGCUUACGUAGUUACACAUCCAAUUGGAAUCUUGUGCAUUACAAAUAUGCGGCAUAUAGCGGAACUUAUCUUGAGCUGCCAAGAAUAUCGAAGGCAGACGAUCUGAAAGAUGAAGUAUAUGAGAUCGACACCGAAGUAGAUCAAGUGGAUGAGGAUUUAACGAAGAACGAUGGUAUAACAAAGGAAGGUUAUUUGAUGAAAGGUCCUGAGAUCGGUAGUACAGACAGGAUGUUUGCUCAUAUUGGCUCGAAAUCAUUCAAGAGACGCUUUUGCCAUCUCAGGCAGGAAGUUGACGGCACUUAUAUAUUGGAAUUUUUCAAAGACGAAAGGAAAGGCGAGGCAAAAUUGACAAUAGUGAUGGACUUUUGCACGGAAGUCGUCAGAAAUCCAAAGCGUGGAAGGUAUUGCUUCGAAUUACGAAUGAGUGACACCCAUAAAUCUUACACUUUGGCCGCUGACAAUGAGGCCGACAUGCAGGAUUGGUUGUUAAAACUCAGUUCUGUGUUACAACAUUAUAAACAACAGGAAGAAAAACGUGCCGCUUCCUUAGAGAGAACUUGCAAUACACCUCCACCUUCGCCGCAACCCAUGCAGGUUUAUGGCACGCUGAAAGGCCUUGAACAGAGUAUGAAUCCACAACUGAUAAAAUAUUCCAGAGAGACUGACACUAGCAUCGCUCUAGCAAGGAGAGAGAACAGAAAGAGACUAUUCAGUGUGUAUCCUCACAUACCUCAUAUUAAGGCGCACGCAGGACAAUCUGUAGAUCACAAUGUGGAUCCCUAUAAAGAACAGUUUGGUCAUAGAAUUUUUAUCAAGUGCGAGAGUCUGAAGUUUCGCUUGCAAGCACCUAUCGACGAAAAAGAAACUCUCUGCCAAGUGGAGCCUUAUCACACGACAUUGAGUCUUUUCGACGCGAGAAAUGGCAGAAAGCUCACAGAGAAUUUUUACUUCGACGUUAAUCAUGAAAUAGUGCGAGAUAUGGCGAAGGAACUGAGCCCCGUGGGAAUCACGACAGAGACUGAGAGUACUACUCUUCCCGGAGAAUUGAAAAACGUUCCUUCAGAUUGGAUCAAGUGUCCAAAACAGGCAAUAUUCAACAUCAGUAAUCCUCAUCCGGACAUAUUCCUUGUUGUGAGGAUAGACAAAUUGCUCCAAGGAAACAUAUACCAGACUUCAGAGCCAUAUUUGAAAGCCACCAAAGAUCCAAGAUUAGGCUUGAAAGUGCACAAACAAGUCCGAGCGUGUUGCCAAAGGUUGGGAAACUAUAGAAUGCCUUUUGCGUGGGCUGCAAGGCCACUGUUUAGAUUGUAUAGCAACGACCUGGAUACAUCCUCCGAUUUCCCAGCUAUAUAUAGGCAAGACGGGAAUAAAAUAAAGGACGAGGAAUUAUUAAAACUCCUUUCGGAAUAUAGAAAGCCUGAAAAGCUUAGUAAAUUGACUGUGAUACCUGGCUGGCUGAAGAUUAAAAUAGAACCCAUCACAGAUAUUCCUGAGAAUACGUUGUCGACCAGUCUAACACCGCUGAAACCAUUUCCGAUACCACCAACGGCGGAGCCGACGGUCGAAGUCGCCGAAUUCGAGGGCACUUCCGAGAGAGAUGUGCAUCCGUACACGACAUAUGUCAAUCAUCUCUACGUGUAUCCGCAGGCGCUCUGCUUCGACUCUCAGAAAAUAUUCACCCGUGCUAGGAAUAUAGCGUGCAUCGUGGAGCUUCGCGACGACGACGACGAAAACGUCAAGCCUUUACGAGCGAUAUAUGGCAGACCGGGUUCACCAUUAUUAUGCCUACGCGCAUCGUGCGCAAUCUUGCAUCACAACGCAGUGCCUUCUUGGUACGAAGAGAUUAAGAUGAAGCUGCCUACAAAGCUGCACGUAAAACAUCAUAUACUCUUCUCCUUUUAUCACAUAAGUUGUGACAUGAACAAAAAGAAGGAAAAUGGCGUUGAAAAUUGCGUCGGCUACGCCUGGGCACCUUUGCUGCAUAAAGGAAGACUGAAUGUGGAUAUCGAGUCGAGUAUCCAGAUAUUGCCCGUAGCGACGCAUUUGCCAUCAGGAUAUCUUUCCAUACAACCCCUCGGGCUGGGAAAAGGGGUAAGAAACGCAGGACCGGAUAUCACCUGGAUCGAUUCUCAACGGCCGAUUUUCACGGUAUCUUUCCAAUUGAUCUCAACGGUAUUCACGCGAGAUCUGCAUCUACACAAUCUGUUCGUUCACGCCGAACGCAUCUUGGACACGAAACCUUCAACGACGCCUUCGGAUUCCGAAACUUGCAAAAUCCUGAAGGCGGCACACGCAGUUCAACUAGUCACCGUUAUCACGUUUCUGCCUACUAUACUGAAUCAGCUGUUUGCAUUGUUGACGUGUAACACCAGCGAAGAAGUCGGACUGUAUGUGAUCAGGGUGUUAAUACAUUUCAUAAACAUGGUGCACGAAGCCGGGCGUAAGGAAGUUUUACAAGCGUACAUCAAGUUCGUGUUCGUCUUGCCUCCUUUGCGAAAUGGCAACGUCACGGUUCACGAACAACUGGCUCGGCACUUGCCAACUUUGUUGCAACCGAGCAACACUGAUUUUUUGGUGGUGAACAAAUUCAUGCAUCAUUCAAGCUUCUUUUUCGAAGUAAUGAUCAAAAGCAUGGCGCAAUAUUUAUUAAAUACUGGUAGGAUAAAGAUGCACAGAAACGAGCGAUUCUCGAAAGACUAUCAGGAAAAGAUCAAGGCGUUAUUGGAAGUGAUCAUGCCAUAUUUAAUGACUAAGUAUAGAGAGAUGCCAGUGGAGACGCACGAAUUGAACAAAAGUCUCGCGCAAUUCUUAAAACGAUGUCUCACGUUCAUGGAUCGCGGUUUUGUGUUUUCUCUCAUCAAUUCCUACGUGGACAAUUUUUCGCCCGGUGAUCAACGCACGCUGCAUGACUUCAAGUUCACCUUCCUGCAAAUUAUCUGCUCUCACGAGCACUACGUGUCUUUCAACUUGCCAAUAAUGCAGUCACGUGUCGCUUCCAAAGAUUUGAUGAAUGAAUAUUGCCUAACGGAGGAAUUCUGCAAACACCAUUUCCUGGCUGGCCUUUUGAUACAAGAAGUUAAGAUUUCGCUUAAUGAAAUUCUGCAAACUCGUAAAGUGGCUAUUAAUACUUUACGAGAUCAAAUGGCAAAGCACGAAUUGGACGAUAGAUAUCAGAAUAAGGGUCAAUUGAGUAGAAUAGCAUCAAUUUACAUACCAUGGCUUGGCAUUGUAUUGGAGAAUCUGCACCGACUUCAAUCAGUACAGGAAAGCGAGAUUAAGACGGAAAUUAAGCAAAACGGCGCGAACAGAGUGUCGACCAGCAGCUCGUUUUUGUCAGCCAAAGAUAGCAAUAUCAGCACUACAACUGCAGGCACACCCAAGUCAAUUCAUAGACUGACUCUUCAUCUGGACACUCAAUCACCCGCAAGAACAUCCAUGCACCUACGAGAUUCUACUUACUUCGCCGCGAUUGCGGGUCAAGGAUUAGUAAACGGAUAUUCCUGCACCAGUGUCGAAUCCGAUACAUCGACAGUGUCUGGUGCGUCUCAAUCGAAUGUUUCCCAAGAAACUGCCAUUGUGAGGGAACUCGUGGAAAAUGGAACGGGCGAGAAAAAGAGACACUCGCGUUCUUUGAGCGUGACGCAGUCGUCGCCCAGGUGCGAUAAAUUGCAGCCUUCGGAAGUGAAGGACAUAUUGCUCUGUUUCCUAUUUAUUGUCAAAUAUCUGGGCGACCAUCAAGUGAUUGCUUGGUGGCAACAAUGCAGUGACACAGAAAUAUUGAACUUCUUCACGGUGAUCGAGAUGAGCUUGUAUCAUUUCAAAUAUAUUGGUAAGAGACAAAUAGCUUCCAACGCUGCGAAUAAUGUUGGAAAGCCUCGUACUGUGAAAGCAAUGACUUUACCCGCCAGAAUGGCGCCGCCAGAUUUUACCGCUGAAAAUCCUGCUACCAGCACUCUACAACCUCAUAAUACAAUUACUAGAGACAAUCUAGUUGAGAAUGAUAGCAGCAAAGUAUAUCAAGCUCUACUAGAGGCAAACAUGGCCACGGAAGUCGGACUCAUCGCACUGGAUUGCUUAGGACUCUUCUGUAUCCAUUUUAAAGAUAUUCUUUUGGCGAACGAAGGUGACAAUCCAGUUAUGCAAAAGUUCUUCAACAUUUAUUUGUCGUUUCUUCAAGUCGGACAAUCGGAAACUUUAUUACGUCACGUUUUCGCCGGGCUUAGAGCUUUUUUGAACAAUUAUUCCAUCGCGCUUUUUCAAGGGAACGCUAUACUUUGCGGGCGCUUGUGUUACGAGCUACUGCGUUGUUGCAACAGCAAGUUGAGUUCCAUACGGCAGGAGUCCUGCGCUUUGCUAUAUUUACUCAUGCGAAGCAAUUUCGAAUUCACUAGUCGGAAAGGAUUGACGAGAGUGCAUUUGCAGGUGAUUAUUUCGGUUUCUCAAAUGUUGGGCAACGUAAUCGGCUUGAACAAUUCGCGAUUUCAAGAAUCGCUAUCGUUAAUCAACAGUUAUGCCUCCUCUGAUAAAGUCAUGAAGGGCACAGGCUUCCCAGUCGAAGUAAAAGAUCUCAAUAAACGAAUACGGACGGUAUUAAUGGCUACCGCGCAAAUGCGGGAGCACAAUAACGACCCGGAGAUGCUGGUCGACUUGCAACAUAGUUUGGCCAACUCUUACGCCAGUACACCCGAAUUGAGACAUACAUGGUUGGAGACGAUGGCCAGGAAUCAUGCCAGGGAUGGCAAUUUCUCGGAGGCUGCUUGUUGCCAAUUGCAUAUCGCAGCGCUAAUGGCUGAAUAUCUGAAAUUGCGGAAGGUUCAUUCAUGGGGCGCAGAGGCUUUCGAUCAAAUUUCUGUGAACAUUUCGAAAGACGAACGUAAUCUUAAGCUCGAUGCUGGUGAGAUUUGCGUCCAAGACAUUCACUAUAAUGAAAGUUUACUUCUCGAGCAGUUGGAAGUUUGCGCUGACACAUUGGAAAAGGCCGAGCGUUUCGAAUUGCUUGGACAUUUAUAUCGCUUAAUAGUUCCUAUGUACGAAGAGAAGAGAAAUUACGAAGCUCUGGCAAAUUGCUACUCGCAUUUGGCGCAAGCCUGUAAUAAAAUCGUGGAAGUUACGCGAACGGGAAAGAGAUUGCUCGGCAGGUUUUAUAGAAUCGCAUUCUUCGGCACGGCGUACUUUGAGGAGGAAACCGGCCAAGAAUAUAUCUAUAAAGAACCAAAGGUGACAUCGCUGUCCGAGAUAUCAGAACGUUUGUUACGUCUGUACAGUGAAAAGUUCGGAUCUGAAAACGUUAAGAUGAUAAUGGACUCCGUGCCGGUCGACGUCAGCGAAUUGGACCCCAAGAUAGCGUACAUUCAAGUGACGCAUGUAACGCCGUACUUUGAGAAGUCUGAAUUGGAAAUGCGACAGACAGAAUUUGAGCAGAACAACAAUGUGUCCUGCUUCAUGUUUGAGACGCCGUUUACUAAGGAUGGCAAAGUGAGGGGCAAUCCGGAAGAUCAAUGGAAACGCAGAACUAUUCUCACAACGCAAUAUGCAUUUCCAUAUGUAAAGAAGCGCAUUGGAAUUGCCGAGAAACGAAUAGUAGAGCUCAGUCCUAUCGAGGUGGCGUUAGAUGAGAUGAGGCAGCGCGUUCAAGAAUUAGAAGACGUAACUUUGAUCGGACCGACGGAUGUGAAGAAGCUGCAGUUACGUCUUCAGGGUAGUAUUUGUGUAACCGUAAACGCCGGUCCUCUAGCUUACGCCUCCGCAUUCUUGGAUCCCGCGCUAUCACCGCAAUAUCCCGACGACAAAGUGGACGAGUUGAAAGAUGUUUUCAGGGAGUUUGUCAAGAUAUGCUAUACAGCGUUGCAAAUUAAUAGCAAACUGAUCACGCCCGAUCAAUAUGAGUACCAAGAAGUGCUGCGCGAGAAUUAUCAGAAAUUGUGCCAGAAUUUAUCGUCCUUGUUCGGGGAAUCGAUAUGGCCUGACGAGCAAGUGGGAAAUUUUAAACGCAACAGCGCCGCUCUCUUCAGUGUCAUCAGCGGCGCUAAUAAUCACAGCAGUACAGCCUAAGUCAAUAAUCCUAAAAUAUUUAUCCAACAGACCUCACACACACAGAGUUUUAUUCCUUUUUAUCGUAAUAUAUAAAUAGACUUUCCGCGUAUUAAGCUCGACAUAGUCACACAUUUUGUGUUUAUCUUUCUACGAGUCGUCAUGUCAUGCACGAAUUUAUAAUUAAAUGCACAUAUCGAUUUUGUAACUUUUGACCUAACAAAAGACUUUUUGAUCACUGCCAAGUUUUCAGACGAGGAGUUUACGCUUCUUCAAAAAAGAUUCUACUUAUGGAAUUCGUAAAUAUUUACAUUAUAGUCGUUUGCAAUAGUUGAAUUAAAUAUUCAACAAAGUCAAUAAAUUCUACUUAUUAAGCCAAUAGCGUUGAUGUACAGUUCAGGAUUGUCGUGAAACUGCGAAUGCUAUAUUCAGGCGCUAUUGUAAUUUAAUAAGUUUGCGAUUUGACUAGUAGAAUAAGUUGGGUAUAGAACCCACUUGGGCAUUUAUAUGAUAUAUAAUGGCGAGUAACACGUACACCUCAGUUUUUUCACUACAAACAAUCGAUGUCUAUGUAUAAUCGAUUUACUCUACGAAUGUUUAUCCUUAUCUCUUUUUUUCACCAAUUAAAGAAUCUGUAAUCUAGCGGCCAAAAUAAUUUAACAAAGAGGAAAUUAUCCAUUUUUUAUUAAUUGAAAAAUUAACCUUGUAUAUGGUGUCUCAAUUCAAAUUCAUUCUUUUUAAUAUCUAUGUAUUAUAAAAAAUUUAUCUUUUGUUUGUCCUUAAACAUUAUUUUAUCAUUAACGCGUUAGAUUUAUACCCCUCUCUAUAAGCUGACUUUUCUACUUAGUGUGUGCAUUGUAAUAUGUAUGGAAUUAAUGAUUUAUCGUAAAUGCGUUAAAAUAUUUUAUGUAAAAAUUGAUUUGUAUAUAUCUGUUUAAUUUCUUGCGUGAGUGCUGUAUAGUUGACUAUUUUAGAAAUACUGAAAAGAAAGUAUAGAUUGUUUAAUACUACAAAUAUAUUUUACACUACAUUAUGAAUUUGUGUACGCGCUUAAGCUAUUAGUACAAAAACGAAUUUGUACGGAUUGAUGAACUUUAUACCAAUUAUUGAGAUUCAUAGAAAAUUAAAUAAAAGCUCGUUUGUACUAGGGAGAAAAGGCCUGUAGCAAUGAAUGACUACUUUCUCGAUGGAAUCCGACCAUUUUGAUACCUUGCGAAUACGCACAAAGGUAUUGUUACAUAUUGAUAAUUAUCUGUGAAAGCAUGACAUAUAAAAUUUUACAAGAAUAUGAGAGAUAUGUAUGUAUGUGUAAAAAUUCUUAUUACUAUAUAUAAAAAAAUUAUUAUCCGUAAAAUUGUACUGAAGCGAUAUAUUUAGAUGUGCAUAGAUUAAUAAUAAAUAGCUUUAAGAACAAAUGUUGAAAUAUACAUAGUGAUGAAUAUACGGAAUGUCUUUCGAAUAUAUUUUCAAAAUUGUAUUUAAGUAUUUUUUUUCUUUUAGAUUAAUGCGAGCAUAAAACAAUCUAAAAAAGAUUGUUUAAAUGUCUAAUGCUGUGUUUUGGGAACUAGUGUUGCGCGAACAUUUUUUCCUCUGUGCGAUUUGAACCGGAAUUAUGUAAAAUUUAUAACAAUUUUGUUUUAAAUAGAUAUGUGAAAUAAAAUAGAAAAAUACAUAUGUAUACAUUUACAUGUAUAGGUAUGUUUCUCCAAUCUUA